ACAAAGGCGAUUCACGCGAACGAUUUGGGUAGCAACAUCGAUAUUAGUUUUAUGUCUUUGGCUACGUUCAAAUCUUCUAUCAUAAAAUCAUUGCUCAUAUAAAUGUUUUGUAUUCCCGAAUUCUUAUUGUGUAUUUUAUCACCAAAGGGAUGCAAUUCCCGUGAAUAAAUCCAAAUGAAAUGAAAUUAUACAUAUCAUAUAUAACAUACACAGGUGUAUUGUGUUUGAAAAUAUUUUGUAUAUUUUUACGCACAUCUUGCGGCCUUUUAUUUAUUGUAGUAAUGUUUGUCGAAUGCCGAAAGUGUCAAAGUGUCUCGCGCGGCUAUUUAGGGACUAAACAGAGGACUUCGCGAGGAAUUAGCGUUGGUCCGCGAAGCCUCUAUUUUCGUUGCAACGCGACGUUGCUUAUUCUAGAAACAGUGAGAACGCAGGUCUCUGAAGCCUCGAUUUUUACACCUUUUACACAGAGAGCGGAAUGCAAAGCGAACACGGAGCGUAGGAAUUUCGAGUUCUAUUUCAGUUUUACGGGAGGACUAAACGCGCCGUCAUCUGCGGGUAUUCAGCGAAGUAUCAAAAAAAAAAACCACCGGGACUGAUACGUAAUAAUUCACUGCUCCUGCAAAAUCCUAUUUUAAUACCGCGGACUUCUGUUUACCUCCGUCUUUCUCCAUUUAUUAUCGUGGCGAUGAGAAACCGAGAGAAUUAAAUCGAAAGCGUAGAAAUUCGCGGCUAAGAAAACCCGACGCCUUACUGACCGCGAAAGUCAAGUGCAACAUCGGACAAUUUCUCGAGAUGAUAGCUUUGUUGAUAGCGAAGCGCUUAAGAAUGAAGAGGGGGCGCGCAAUCUUCGUUAAUUAGAGAUCGGAUCGGCGAGUCUCUUCGCGGACACAACGCGGCGUUGCAGCUGCGCGAGAUCGCCGCGCUAUGCGACGCGGAGCGACGCGACGCGCGCGGCGCCGGUUGUGCAAUGUGUGUACACGCGCCGUAAUACGGACACAUAAUUGUUCGCCCGCGGUUGUAUAAUACGGCUUCCAGCCGCGUCGGCAGUCGUCGGCGAAGCGUCGCUCCGGCACGAGCGCGUCGUAAAAACCGCGCGGAUUCAGCCGCUCGCGUUCGUCGCGACGUUAUCGACACUUGAAGCGCGAGAAAUAUCGAACCUGCAAUGAUCCCGCGAGACUCGAGCGACCGUCGGGCGCGAAAUUCGCGCGAAAAAUCAUCCCCGGACGCCCGAGUCCCGUCGGAGCCUCAGAAGUGCCAGUUAAAUCGUUGUAUAUCGAGUGCAGUGAACGUGAUAUCAGAUCGAUUGUCGAGACUCGAUAUCGAGUAGUAUCGUCUAUUUACUUGACAGCUGCUUAGUAGAGUAUGUCAGAUUUCACGGUUCGAAUUUGGCACGUCAGAAGCGUCAAAGUUCGAUUUAUCUACCGCGACCUUCGCCGGCUCGAAGCGGUAAAUAAUAAAAAUGCAGAAACUUGCGUUCGCCGUCAGUCUGGCGAAAUAAAUGUCGAACGAAAUAGAAAUGAUAAAACUCGCUCUCGCGUGCUCUCUCGCGUAUGUUCCGCUCGCGAUUCAUUCGCAUCGUCGAGCGUCAUUUCCGUCGACGCGAGGGUACAAUCGCGAAUUCAGCGCGUUAGCGUGAAUUCGCGCUGCUACGCGUCGUUGCUGCGAGGUGGCGGCCGCUUUUUGUGCUCGUUACGCGAAACUGGCCGGUCGUCAUCGGCGGUAGGCUUGUCUCGCGCUAUCCAGUGCGCGACGUGACGUCGGGACGCGAGUGAUGCGCGCAACUCGUGCAACGGGAGCGUGAAGUAAUGAGGAAAGAAGAAGGACAGACGCAGGCGCGGGAUAGACGGAACGAAAGAAAAGGAAAAGAGAGAGAACAAGACGGAUAACGACUAUCCGGGCAAUUCCGAGCGAAAUUGGAACGCGUUGCUGCCACCCGGCGCGUUCCUGCGAAUCGCGCUCGCAAUUGCGUAACACCGGCCACCGAGGAAGGUGUGACCAUUCGUUCGUUUGUUCAUCCGUUCGCUCGUCCGUUGUUGCUCCGUUGUCCAUCCGCCGUACUCGUCAUCGUCGACAUACUCGUCAUGCUCGAAUAACACGUUCGCGCGAGUGUGCGCGCGUGCUUACAAUCUUCGAGCGGUCGACACCGUUCGAAUUCCAUCACUCGCGACGCCGUUGCGCGCGCUUCCACGUGAGCCGCGCGUCGAGAGCCAAGGUGAAGCCGGGGAAGGAAAGGAGGACGUCUAAAAGAGGUGUUUACGACGUCUUGGGACGUCUUAUUGCCGUAAAGACGUCUUUUCGAUGCAAGAGAGAGACCUUUUCCGCUCAGCUAGACGGGAAAAUGAACGUCACGACGACAGGCGGCAGGGUUCUUCCCGCUCGCGAUAACAGCUGCGCGCAUUUUCGAGACACGUUUUGCUUCACCGUUGCUCGCCUUGAUUCGAUCGCGGCUUAGUGGAGUUUCUCGCAACGGGAUCUCGAUAGGAUCUCGAGGAGGGAGAGGAAGAAACGAAACGCGAAGGGAAGAGAGAUCCGAGCGGAUCGAUUCCACGCGGAGGAGUCUCGAUCUCGAUCUAUAUAUAGCGUCGCCGAACGGAGAUGAACGAGGUUAGGCACGUUCUGACGGCUCUGAGGUCUCCCACGAAGAGCUCGACCUUGAACAACAGCGUGGGCGUCGCGACGACGACGUGGUACGACGUUCCGGCGCCUAUCAUCGUUCACUGCCGCGAGUUCCGCGAGGACGCGGGCCGCGGCGAAGAAUUCGACGCGAAGGAACGCGAGGAGGGAGACGAGAAGGAGUCGGAAAUUAUCUUGUCCUUCGCGGAGAAGGACACGGGUGUGAAAUUCAUCGACGGCAACAUGGAAACCGGCCGCCGGGGGAAGUCCUCGGAGAAGGAUCCGAGCGUUGGAGGAGCCUGGUCCUCCAACAACGGCGAGGCGUUGUACCAGAAUAACGUAGAAGCGGCGUUGAACAGCCUGAGCAAGGUCUGCGCGGAGACGUCCUCGCCACUCGAGACAGCUCCGGAGGGUUGUCGCGCGAACGACAACCGGGACAGCCGGAAGAGGCACAGUUCCACGGUGGAGUUGAACGCCACUGCGGUGGUGAAGACCGACAGCGACGGGGUGCCGACGAUAAGCUUCAGUUUCCUACGUGCGGACGAGAAGUUCCACCCGGAAACCGCCGAUGAAGAGGAGGUCGUCAUCCUGGAGGUCGACACGAGCGAUCAGGUCGACUGCUCGGCGGCUGAUCAACUGUACGAUCUUCCCAAAAACGCCGUCUCGGGCAAUAAUUCGGUCUCUUCGGAGCAACGAAGAGACGAAACGGACGUCGAAUCCUCCUCGUCGCCGACGGUAUGUCAGGAUCUUUACGACGUGCCGAGGCCGGCGAAGCAAGACGUAUCGCGAGAUGAGGAAGCAACCGAUUGCUGUCAAAAGAACCCGGGGGAAGUCCGGGGGGGAACGCUCGAUAUACCCAAGAGAAACCAAGGCGACCGGAUGAAGCGGUCGACCAGGUCGCUCAAGUCGGGCAGAAGGAGUUACGGGGCGUCCGACAGCGACGGCUACGACGCCGGCAUCGCGUCGAUGUCCGGCUCAUACUCUGACCCGGAGUGCCCGAACGAGGCGGCGUUGUCGGUGAGCGGCGGCUCGGAGCGCAGCAAGCGGCUCAAGCUGCAAAAGAGACGGCUCGGCAAGGCCUGGGGCAGGAUGCGCAACUGGUUGCGAGAGGAAAGGACCAAGCUCGGCGAGGUGGUGAACAGGCACGCCAAGAUGCAGGCGGUCGGCGCGCUCAAUGCCGAGACACAGAGCGAGGCUUCUGGGGUGUCCGGCAAGAACAAGCAACGCGGUUUCUACGACCUGACGCGAGCUCAUACGCAGGAGUCCGGCUCGAUCACCAGAGUGGAGGAGUACGGUCUCUCGUCUGUCUCCGAAGAGGCAAACGUCUCCGACGUGGAGAGGCCGGCGUCGGCGUCGCCCGACUCGGGCAAGGCGUCGGCGAACGGUGUUGGCGCGUCGGAACGUCGGUCGCGGCAGCUGCGCGGCAACCUGAGACAGAAGACCGCCAGCUCAGACGACAUCCUGGAGGGCAGGUCGAGGCUGCAGCCGCAGCCGGUGUCCUUCAGCAUGGACAAACUCUGUUCGGACACGGAGAACGACGGGGCGACGACUACGAUGACGGCGGCUGACGUUGAAGCGUCGAGGGACCACGUCGGUGGGAAAGGUGGCCUGAUUAAGAGGAGAAUGCUGGGGUCAAUCAGGGGGUUAAUGGCCUCGACUCAUCUGCUGCAGACCUACGAGAUCGAGGAGGGAGGACAAGGCGGUUUCGAGGACGUGCGAAGAUACGUCAAACAAGGAGGCGACUUCUGCAAGGAACUAGCGUCGAUUCUUCACGAAAGGGCUGAAUUAGAAGCCACUUACGCCAAAGGACUGAGCAAGCUCAGCAGUAAACUGACGAAAGCAUGCGCCAAGGAUCAAGGUGGUAAUAGUAGCGGAGGUGUGAACGAAGCAUGGAGGUGUGUCGGCGAGGAGAUGGAGGCUGCCGCGGAAGCCCACAGGGUGUGGGGCAUCGCGCUCAGCGAGCAACUCGCCAAACCGCUCCGAGUGGGCGUCGCGGAGGCGCAGGGCCGCUCGAGGAAGUCCAUCGAGAACUCGGUGGACAAAGCGUCCAAGGCGCUCCAGGAGUGGCGCGGGAUCGCCUCCAAGAGCAAGAAGCACAGCUUCGCGUGCGCCCGCGAGAACGAGAGGCUGCAGGACUUGGCACGGCUGCAGACCAUCAGUCAGAGUCAGCAGAACAAUAACACCAAGUCGUCGAGUCAUCACAUGACGGAGAAAGAGGCGAGCAAGCUGGAAACCAGGCGGAGGAAGGCCGAGGACUCGUCGCGUAGAGCCGACACGGAGUUUUACACGGUGAGCGUGAGGGCCGAGAGGGCCAGACUGGAGUACGAGGGCACCGUCAGGAAGGGCGCGAAGCAGAUGGAGCUGCUCGAGGAGGAGCGGCUGAGUGCCUUGAAGGACUUGGCCAAUGUGUUUCUGGCACAUUUGCAAGCGCUCGCGCCGCGACUGCAACAGAGCGCGGAUCGCCUGCAGACACCCGUGCGCAGUUGCAACGUGUCGCAGGACGUCGAGAUCCUGAAAAACCUCAUACGCCGAAUAGACAGUAACGACGCGACGAACGCGGAACAAUUGUUGCCUGAUUUCUACGCCGAGCACGUCACGCUCGCGAUGAACCGUGAACGGCGAAAGCAGGCUCUGGUGAGGGUGUUGCAUCUGAUAAGACAGGACUUGGAAAGGGAGAAACGGGGCCGUGAAGGGCUGGAGACGUUGCAUCGGGCUUUCAUCAAGACACCAGCUUUCGCUGCGGACGAGAGCACACAGAACGUGACGGACAAAUUGCAUCACAUGCGCUCGAUGUUACUGUACUUGGAGGCGGCCAGAUACAAGGUCAGCGGUACGCUCGCGGAAGUAGAGGGCAGCAAACGAUCCAAGCAUCCUUUAUCGGAACAUAUCUUGGUCUCGAGAGACAAACAAGGCUUGCAACAAAGUGUUCUUAAGAUUCCUUCUUGGGCAAAGAACGAAUCCUUUGAGAUUCAGGACGGCGACGACGAGUUGGAGAUGCAGUUGACGAAGGACCAGGACGCCGAGACCCGCGAUUGGGCCGAUCGGACGGCCGGCGAUGGCAACUCCGAGAAUCCCCCGGACGAGGACGACUUCAGCGACUUUGAUGAGUUUAGCAGCCACUCGGAGGAUAACAAUAACCAGGACGUCGACGGGGCGGAGGUGACGGCGAAGGCCGAACGUGCGGAGCAAUGUCGCGCGAUCUAUCAGUACUCCGCGAAUCUGAACGACGAGCUGAGCCUCAGCCCGGGCGAUUUGAUAACCGUCCAUCAGAAGCAGGCGGAUGGCUGGUGGAUAGGCGAGUGCAGAGGCCGCACCGGCAUAUUUCCCGCCACUUACGUCCAAGUCAUUCAUUGA